AAAAAAUAAAUGCAUAUAAAUAUAUCGAACUCUACGACAAGGAAUCAUUGUACACAACGACUAUGGACACUCCGUCAACAUUAAUUUUUGAGUCAACGGAUCCCGCCAGACUUUCCAACAAGAUGCUGGCGGUAUUUUUAAAAAAUUUAUUCAGGUAUGGGAGGAAAGAAGUGAAGAUUGUGAACAAGAGAGUUCACUUGUAUUUGAAAUAUUCACCGAAGAAUGAAACGGUUCAGGGAAAAUUAAAAAAUCUUCCCGUCCGAUACCUGAGAGUGGCGGCCGAUGACGAGGAAGAAUUACAAUUGUUAUUGAAGGGGAUGCGUGAAUUCUCGGACGUCAAUUUUUAUGCGGCUGCCAUAGAGGAGGACGAACCGGUACCGGCUAAAAAAUUCAAGCCGGCUUCGGAAGAAGAGAAAAUAAAAAUUCUGGAAAACAGAAUUUUAAAAUCAGCCACCACUACGACGAUGACGACGACUACCACCACUCCCAGUACCAGCAAAGUUGAAGAUUUUUGCUUCGUUUUAGACGACGACGCGGAAGAGUUUGAAAGUCAAAAAUUUAGUGUAGUUAGUAAAUAAAAAUAUUAAAAAAUAUUCGAGUUAUAACUUGUUUAAUUUUUUCCA